AGUCAUGUUAAAUCCUAUCUUAAAUCGUGAUUAAAAAUUUAAAAAUAUGAUAAUUUUAAAUGACAAUUUCUCAUAAUUUGAAAAGUUGAAACUAUUCUAAGUCAAAAUAAGUUUUUUUAACAUCUCAUUGUUACCCAAGUGUCUUGUCUAAGUGUUACCUAUUUCUAACCAGAAUUUUACCAAGAAUGGUACGAUAUAAAAACCGUUACAUGGUUGUUCAACUAAGAACUUUGGAAGAUGACAAUUUAGAUUUCAAAAUUUCGGAUAGAGAAUUACAAAUAACAGUAUUAAAUAUGAUUAAAUCAUUACAUGGAGAUUUUGGAGCUGGAGCUAUUAAAACAUGUUUUAAAGUUCGCUAUUGUAAUCCAACAACAAGAAUUAUCAUUUUUAAAACCAGACAUGGUCCUCAUCAAUUUCUCUCUUCUGUUAUACCAUUUAUUAAUAAACUUCAAGAGAAACAAAUUCAAUUAUCAACACUUUAUACUGGCGCUUCCAUGUUUCAAUGUUAUAAAUUUAUUCAGAACUAUCAAAAAGAUCUAGUAAGAAAAAUAACAGAUACAAUAAGUGAGAAAACAAAAGAAAAAAUGUUAAAUAUCACUAAUGUAUUAAAUUUCUAAUUUCUCAAAA